AGGGUCUUUUCCUCUAACCUCUUCUUUAAAUACUAGCCCUCCCUCCACCAUUCGCCCUUGGGGCCUUAAUAAAUCCUUCUGGUCCAGCAGAAGAACUUUAUACGGCAUCCAAGAAAAAUAUAGUAUUGAUGGGGAAUUGCUUAGUUCUUCAGGAGAAGAAGGUGAUCAAGAUCAUGGGAAUGGAUGGGAAGAUCCUUAGAUACCAAUCACCUGUGAAAGUUCAUCAACUGCUAUGUGAAUUCCCUGGGCAUGCCAUCUCCGAUGCACUUCCUGUCAUCGGCCAUCUCGAUCCUGCAACCGAUAUGAGAAGCGGGCAGCUCUACUAUCUUGUCCCUCCGAAGACGCCACUCAAGGAGACCGGAAAUGGAAAUGGAGUUGUUAGGAUCGAGCUGGUCAUCAGCAAGCAGGAGUUGAAGGACUUGCUGCUGAAGGGAGGAGGGGUCACCUUCGACAGUAUGAUAUCUCUCGUUCAGAGAGGACCAAGCAAUGAUGGCACAAGUGGUGAUGGUGAAGAGAAGUGCAUCGAGUGGAGGCCUGCUUUAGAGAGCAUACCAGAAGGGAAUGAUUGCUAGUUACAACUACUGUGCUUUUUAGAACUUCAUAGGAUGGAAAAACUUGCUUCGCCAGCCUGCAUGCAUGUAUACGGAUGAGUUUCUGAGUUGGGGUUCUCCUCCUCUUUUCUUUAUAUACCUUGCUUGUCUAGAAAAGGCGAGGAUAGCCCAAGAGCCAUAUACUCAACUCCAUCUCCUUUAAAGCUUCUGAAUGGAAAUCUUGUUAGUUGCUGGAAAUUGUUAACUGAAGUUCUUCUUUUUUUAA